CUUGUUCUUCAGUGUGCCAUAAAAUUCCGUCUGGCAAAGUAGAUAAAGUGAAAGAAAUGAGUGUUUGUGUUUUCGCGUAUUUAGUACUAUUUUAAUUGAAAUGUGUAAUAAGUCAGAAUAAAUAUUAAUAGUAGUUAUCAGUGCAGUUGAUAAGAACAUUAGCAAUCACCUGAAUCAGGUAACAACGUUAACCAUCCAACCAUCUUCGCCAUAUAGAUAGACAUAUACAUAUAUGCAUACGAUGGUGUACUCACUGAUGCAGUGAAAUUGAAGCAACGACGACUCCCAGAAUUGCUUUUCAAGAAGAAUAUCCAAAGGAAAGGAAGAAGGAUCACCCAGUAAAAUAUGUAUGUAUCGAUCAGUAAUUAUAUCGAUGAAUGCAUAUGAUUAUGUUUAUAUAAAUCGAUAUAUAUAGCGAACCUCUAUUGUUUACUAUUUAAUCUUUUAAUAAAUUGAUUCCAAACUGUCAUAGUUUUAGUAAAAGAUAUGCUAAAUAAUUGUUUUUAACCGAUAUUGCGCACGGAAAUACUUAAAAGAUCAAAUUGAAAAAGACGAGAAAAAUGGAUGAACGAAAUUUCCGUUCGAGUUAUUAUGAAAAAGUGGGAUGUUAUUCCGUUGAGGAAAAGAAAUCGCUAAAUAAACUGCUCCAAGACAAUAUACGUAAUCACUCAAAAUUAAAGCAGUUUUGUUUAAGUUAUACUGUACCUACGGCACAACGUGGCCUAUUGUGGAGUAUUAUACUUGGUGUACUACCACUACACAAAAACUCAAUGGAUUAUAUAUUAUUACAACGCACUGCCGUUUACGAGGACUUGCACCGUGCAGUAACUAAAAUGCAAUAUAUCGAUAACAACUCACCGAAAAGUAAAGUGCUGCAGGCAAUGUGGCUUUUGGAAAAUGGUCGACUGUUGCACCCAUUAACCGGUCCACCGGACGAUGAUAACAAUUUUAUGGAAAUUGUUAAAGUACUUCUACAAAUAUUCGAUAAUGAUGUGGAGACUUAUUGGAUAGCUAAGGAGUUUUUUGCAUGCACAAAAGGAAUAGAACAAGAAUGCGCGAAAUUAAUGGAACUCACACAGACGCUGUUAAAGCGUGAGGACAUUGAAUUGAAUAACCACUUAGAGAAACUGGGUGUUUUUAAUACAGGGGAAAUAUUAGAAAAAUGGUACGUAACCUGCUUCGCUGGAGUCAUAACUGAUACAGCAUUAGUAAAAGUAUGGGACAAAAUAUGUGGCGGGUCGAGAAAAAUUGUUGUCUUUGUUUUCUUGGAUUUAGUUAAAACGCUGAGAAAUCAUGUGUUUGGGUGCAACUCAAUACUUGACUUAAAAACUCUAAUUGAACAGGUAAAGGAUCAAGACGCUACCAUAGUUAACAAAGCCAUUAAAACUUGGCAAAGUAAUAAGAACCACAACGAGAUCACUGUACACUGAUAAACAAAUUUCGUCAGCACUGCGCUAUAUUUGGUUAUUCCCAUCCCUUUUCAACGUCUACAUAACACUUAAAUAUAUUUGAAUAUAACAUCUUUUUUAUCUGCAACGGUUUGCAACUCCAAUGUCACCGGACACUGCAACCAAUACGAGAGGAGCUCUUCAGUAUAACCAAUAAGGAAGUACAUCUUUCUCGGACUAAUUGCUUGGCGAACAAUGGCAGAUAUUCUUAUCAUGUUAUGUUGCCUUUUGAUAAUCACUUCGGAUAAAAUAAGCGCAUGCCAGGUACCAGUCAUGAACUUGCGCAUAAACACAUCUUCAAUGGCUGUCUGUGAGGCCCGUUGUCCAUCCAACAUAGAUGCUGUAUGAAGCAAUAAAUAAAAUUCAUUUAAAUAGAAUAUAGUAUUUGUAAUAAUAAAAUUUUUAUACGUACACGUA